UUUGACGUGUCGUGUCUGUCUGACGUUGCCGUGUUGAUUGUUGGGAGCUUCAGGCUUUAAUUUAUUACUACAAUUAAAUUCAAAAUUGUUAUUGGCGUUCAUAUUUAUAAAAUAUUGCAAUAACGAAAUGCCUUUCAACUUAGGUUUUAUUGGGGGUGGGAAUAUGUCAACAGCGAUUUUUAAAGGAAUUUUAUCUAAAGAAGCACAUCCUGUGAACAACAUAUGGGUGUCAGGACCCCACGUUGAAAACCUUGAACAUUGGAAGGAUUUAGGUGCUAAUGUUACAUGUCAAAAUGGUGAUGUAUAUUAUAAAUGUGACAUUAUCUUUCUGGGUGUGAAGCCUGGCAUGUUGGAAGCUGCUGUUAAUGAUUGUCUCAAGACAACAGUGACAGCACCCGUUAAGAAAAAUACAUUGUUUGUGUCUAUGUUGGCUGGAAUCUCUAUUCAAAAUCUACAUGAGGUUCUUCACAAUACACUAUCAAGGACCAUAAGUGUUAUUCGCAUAAUGCCAAACACUCCAUUGAUGGUGGGUGCUGGAGCAUGUCUGCUGACUCCAGAUCCUACGGUGUCUAAGGAACAAUGUGCUCUUGUGGAAAAGCUAUUAAACAGUUGUGGAGUUGUUGAGAGAGUUCCAGAGAGCAUGAUGGGUUCAUUAGGAUCCUUAGUUGGUUGUGGACCAGCUUAUAUGUACCUUGUCAUAGAAGCAUUAGCUGAUGGGGCAGUAAAACAGGGUGCUCCGAGAGCCCAAGCCCAACGCCUCGCGGCCCAAAUGGUGAUGGGCAGUGGUCUCAUGGUGCUCAAGUCAGGGAAGCACCCUGGGUUACUCAAAGAUGAGGUCUGCUCACCAGGGGGCAGCACUAUAGCUGGGGUUGCCAUCCUUGAGGACAAUAAAAUAAGAUCUGCCUUUAUAAACGCAAUUGAAGCUUCUACCAUUAAGACUAGCCAGCUUGGAAAAAAAUAGACUGACUAAGAAGUAGGAACUUUAAAGUUCAAAAUAGUACAUGAGUUUGACCCAUGACUAUUUACCAUUGACCCACCCAUGACCCACUUGUAGAAUGUUCAAUUAUUGUACUUAUUGAAAGCGUGCAUUUAUUUUUGUUGAAGUCAUAUUUUUUACUCCCAUUUUUUAUUGUUAAGACCUAAUUAGGACCUAGGUCACACUUCGGACACUCAAUACAAAAAUAUAAUUCUUAUCGUGUGCCCCUAUGGUAACGCAUAAGUAUAAUCCGAAUCAGCUAACGGCCAUUUAAGACUAAAGAAGUCCUAGCGGGGGUUUGACCGGCGGCCGGAUCGAAUUUGUGCGGGGCGGA